AUCAACAUCAAUGUUACAUGUUCCUUGUCACAUUCAUAAGAUGUUAAGUUUUUAAUGGAGCAAGAAUAAUGAUACUAAUAUUAGUUUACCAUCUUGAAUAAUGAUACAAGGUUUUUCUAGACAAGGGAACCACAAUUUAUCUGGAAUGGAAUUGUUGGAAGAGAUUCAUCCUCUCCCUUCGGAAAGUGGAAAAGGAGCCAACUUGUUCCAAGAUCUAAAUCAGAAGCUGCAACAAGAAUUCAACAUGGAAAACAUGAUGUUAGAAGAGAUCAACUUUGGCCCUUAUCUGCAACCAACACAACCGUUUCAGGAAACUACAGGACCAAAGAAUCAGGGAGCACUAACAAGUUCUAUGCAUAUGCCACCAUCUUUAGCAUCCUUAGAGCUCCUGAGAAGCUAUGGUAGCAGGUUCAAGAUGCAAAAUACAAGCAACUUAAGCAAAGGUAAAACUUGUUUAGCUCAUCAGAAGAUGUCAACUGUUGAAAUAGUAAGAGAAGCUGGAGCAAGGUAUGUCCAAUACUCUUCCCAUUGGAAUGAUAAUUUUUGCAUCCCUAUGCACCCUUAUGGAUUGAAGUACCUUGGGAAUUUGUCUGAGGAAGAAAAUGGAGAUGUGGAACUUGUUCAGUUUCUCCUUGCUGCAGCUGAGAGGGUAAGCUGCCAACAAUUUGAACGUGCAAGCAGGUUACUCCUCCAUUAUCAAUGGAAUUCAUCAUCAUAUGCAAGUGGAAACACUGUUCAAAGAGUUGUCUUUCACUUCGCUGAAGCACUUAAAGAGCGAAUAGACAGAGAAACAGGAAGGAUUACAAAGGGGUCAGAGAAAAAUGAAGAAAUGGAAUUACUUCAGAAGAUGGGUGGUACCAACAAAUCCCUUCUAUGCCAUCAAAAAAUUCCUUUCAAUCAAGUAAUGCAAUUCACUGGGGUACAAGCUAUGGUGGAACAUGUUGCAGGUGAGACUAAAAUCCAUCUAAUAGAUCUUGAUAUAAAAUGUGGGGUGCAGUGCAUAGCUUUGAUGCAAGCACUCGCUGAGUGCCAGAAUAGCAUGGUAAAAGUAAAAUUCUUUAAAAUAAGUGCCAUUGGACUUAAAGCAUGCAAAACCAAGAUAGAGGACACUGGAAAACGGUUAGCGAAUUUUGCUGAGUCCUUGAACUUGACCUUUUCAUAUAAGCCUGUUCUAGUCACAGACAUGGCAGAAUUCAAAGAAGAUCAUUUGGAAGUUGAAGAGGAUGAAGCUGUGGUUAUUUACUCUCCUUAUUUUCUAAGGACCAUGAUAUCAAGGCCUGAUUGUUUGGAAAACUUGAUGCGGAUUAUAAGCAAUAUCAAACCAUCUAUAAUGAUAGUGCUUGAAGUGGAAGCAAACCAUAAUUCACCCUCCUUUGUGAAUCGUUUCAUUGAGGCAAUGUUCUUCUACUCGGCUUUUCUUGAUUGCUUAUAUACUUGCAUAGAAGAUGAUGAGUGCAGAGUGAUCACUGAAGCAAUAUUAUCUGCAGGGAUAAGAAACAUUGUUGCUAUGGAAGGAAGGGAAAGGACGGUUAGAAAUGUGAAGAUAGAUGUUUGGAGAAGGUUCUUUGCAAGGUAUAGAAUGGUGGAGAUUGGAUUUAGUGAGUCAUCUAUGUACCAAGCUGAUUUGGUUGCUAGAGAGUUUGCUAUUGGGAAAUUCUGCACUGUGGACAAGAAUGGCAGGUCUAUGAUAGUGGGAUGGAAGGGGACCCCAAUGCAUUCAAUCUCAGCUUGGAGGUUUCUUUGACAAAAUUAUGCCCCGUUUGGAAGAGCUUAUUUGAGAUUAUUUAUAGCAUUAACGUUUAUGCAAGUGUUUGAGAUAGCUUAUGUAAAUAGCUUAUGACAUACAUAUAAGUUGUUUUGUGCUUAUUUUCAAAAAUUGUUUAGAUUAGUUUAUGAAUAAAA